AUGCCCACUCCGGUUACCCCGCGCCAAAAUGCUGGUCCUGGGCGCGACGGCGCCAGGUCCAGUCCAACAAAACCAAAAUCCCUCGAUCUCGGCAAGGCCCUUGGACCUCAUGACUCGAACUCGGUGCGCGAAAAGGUACGAAUGUGGCAGCAGAAAGGAGGUGGUGUUGCCACAGUCAAGGACCCCUUGGCCGACGUUGCAGACGAUGAAAGCAGCAUGCCGACUCCACGAAACAAGCCCGCAAAAACCCCAGAGCCUCGAAAAGUCACAUCACGCGUCAAGGCGGCAGACAAUACUACACCGACUGUCAAUAGUGGUGGAAUUAGAAAAAGAAGCCAAAGUACGCCGAGGAAACGAGUGAUCAGCGAUCAACACUGGCGAGCCCAGCGCAGUCCGCCUACAAAUUCCAAGACAGGCAAAGGACCAGCGCCGAAUCGAAUCACAAACUACAAGACAAACGAAAGUUUUAAUUCUUCUUCGACUUCCCUACCAAACAAGAAGGCGCAUCGAAAAGACAAUGGAUCGGAUCUGGGAAGUGGUGCGAAAACAGACACGGAGGAUUUGAGAUCGUCUACAAGCGCCUCGACUUUCCAGAAGAAACAACGCGCGGUCAAGACUACCAAGUAUAUUUACACAGAGGAUGGUCUGCUUUCGGAUAAGGAGACUCUACAUGAUCGCGCAUCGUCCGAAGUCUCCAUACACGUUGAGGAGCAUGCCGAAAGCGUGCUCGAAGGCAUGAGACGAACCACACCACCACCUAAAGACGACGAUGAUUGGGCUGGUAGUGAGGCCAACUUUUCCGAGCUGUCUCGAAGAAGGAGGCGCGGUGCUCCUGCGCUCCGGGAGACAUUACGCGACGCACGGAAGCCUAAGGCCGGAAUCCUAACUCAAGUGCUCGAUGAGUCUCGAAAGAUGUUUGCAAAGCCGGCGCCUCCACGCCCUCCUCCUGUCGCGAACAGAGGCGACAAAAUAGCGGCGUGGUUGUCCGCUCAGCCUGACCCAUUUGUAGAUGACAAUGACGAUGCACCAGUGGAAAUACCCGCGCCGCUUAAAAUGAGGUCGAGGACAGCGACAACCAGACGGUUAUCACGAGGCUCAGAGUCUAGGAUCACUGAAGAAAUGAGCGAAAUUUCUGCCGCGACUAACGAUCAACCGCUGAGUGACAAAGCAAGUGGCAUGUCAGAUACUCCACGUCGCUCAAGUGUGGACAAAACCCGGGAACCUCUGACACCAAAGCAAAAAGAACGGACAGCAUCGACACGGAGAAGGGGCAAAUCAGAAACAUCAGUAGCGAACCUGACUAAAUCGUUCGAAAAGACUACAUCCACAAAUAAAGCUUCGCAGGUCCGAGACAGCAUAAAAAACAAGGAAUAUGAUGCGUCUGACAAUGGUUCAGAGGUGUCUGAUAGAGAUAUCAUCCUCCCUUUGCGUUUACGACGGCCUUUCCCGAGCACCGGCAUGCAUCAGCUUUCUACCAUCGCAUCGGAGGAAACAUUGAGUAGUACUGUGAUCGAUAGGUCGGUCAUUGGAAGUGAAACCAAUCUGUCAAGAUCCGUGACAGGGUCAAUCUGCGAGAUAGACGACGAGAAACGCGAUCAUUUUGACCCAGACUCGCUUCCAAAGUUCGAGAGUGGACUCCAACGCCGGCUCACAAAACAUUCCGAUCUAAUGUCUAUUCUGUCCAACCCAAAGUCUACCAGACGUAGUGUACGGUCUUCCCGCAGUAUUAGGAGCAACCGAACACGUUUGGAAACAGCUACCAUGACCGACCUGAUGAUGGAGCUUUCCACCGAUGAAACAAAGUAUAUGCGCGAACUCCGAACUCUGGUCGGAGGUGUCAUACCUGUUCUUUUGAGCUGCGUUCUUUCACGGUCCGAUUCCGCUAUUGCCGCAGGACUCUUCCGACCUUCAGCAGACCCUAAGGAUGACAUCAACUUUACCAGACCAAUUGUCGACAUGGGAGUUGCUCUAGAACGUCUCAAGACACUACACAAACGUAUCCCUCUGGAUGAAACCGAAGCUCUAUUGGCCUGGGCACAAGGCGCUCAGAGGGUGUAUCGCGAUUAUCUCAAGGCCUGGCGUAUGGGAUUCCAGGAUGUAGUCGUGAAUCUUGCUCCCCCUGACGAUGAGGAGUCGGACAAACUGGAAACGCAUAGCCUAGAUCAAGGCAUGGAAAGAGACGAUAAUGGGGAUGUUAUCGAUGCUGAUGGCGAGAAAGUGGACGUCGCUUACUUAUUAAAACGACCACUCGUGCGUUUGAAGUACUUAUCCAAAACUUUCAAAGGAAUCGAUCAUGUGGCGCAUUCACCAAAAGCACAACAAGUGGCGGAAACAUAUCAAGAACUUGUUGAACAAGCACGUCGCCGCUCAAACGAAGAACGAGCCCGACUGGAGGAUGAAACCGCUGCAUAUAUCGAUAGCACUCGAGCACGAAGUCUAGAAACUUUGGCUGUCCUCUCCGAUGUGGUCGUUGACAAGACACGACGGGUACUUGCUCGUGACUUUUUCAGCCUAUCACUCAUGCAUUCAAGUGGCCAGAUGAUUGAUUGCCAUACAGAAUUGCUGCUUAGAGACAACGCCGCCGAUGCCGGCACGGGAGGGGAUCUGCUAAUAUGUGAAAUUGACGAUACUGAUCGUUGGCUUCUGUUCCCACCGAUUGAAAGAAAUUGUGUCUCUGCACGAAAUGGCGACCUAAAAGGCGAAGUCGUGAUUAUGAUUCGAGGCAAAUCUACGGAUGAUGGCGAAUGGCAGGAGUUACUAUCUUUGACUAUUGACGACGAGGAUGUCGGAUUUGAAUGGGUCAACAUGCUAGGCUUAUAUCCAGUACCUCCGGCCCUACCCAGAAGCAAGAAGUUUGUUGAGCGUGCAAAGAGUCGAAGGCACAAGGCUGGCGAUGAAAUCAAGGCCGAUUCAUCACCUUCAACCACGUUAAAGCUGCGUUUGCCAAGCUCAAGUGAAAUGGACGUGCCAAUUGGUGAAGCCAGCGUUCUUAGCCAUGCUGGAAAGAGCUCGACUACCAACAGCUCCGGACCAAGCACGUUAAGUUCACUUUCCGAAGCAACCUCUGGUAACUCUUUGGCUUCAGAUAUUACAAGAGCAUCAGACUAUGCAUUCGUUGAUAGUCCCCGCACACCUACAUCCCCUGAUGCUCGGGCAACGCUACCAUCCGCCAAAGAGCUCAGCGAUAAGAAGAGAAUCAUCGAUGGAAAAGCAUCCCCUGGCCUGAAACGAACUAAAGCAAACAGACGCUCUCGCCAUGUUGAACAGCUCACUCCCACAGAUACCACGCCAAAAGCUUCUCCUGCCCCCGAACAGGAACAGGAAGUCGUCGAAUCGCCAAAGCAAACACCAAAAGCAGCGGGACGUUUCUAUGCCGGUAAGACUGUGGAAUCGAGUCCUUUAUCCGCAAAAUCCAAGUCCAAGCGAGAAAAACCGAUAGAAGAUGACCUCGACGAUGAUGCACGUGUAUCGUCCGUACCUACUAUGAAAAUGCCUACGAUCCCAAAGCUGCGGAAGGGCGGUAGUAGCACCCAUAGUGCAUUGUCUGCUGAUAUGAGUGAAGAUGAGGAAGAGACCUGGCCAGAUAUUCAAUCAUCAUUGUCAUCGCAGAGAUCUGUCUCCGAUGGAGAGGACGAAGCACCUGCACCGCCUCCCCACAGAACGCCUAGUCAAGCGCUCAAAAACUCUCCGGUGUUAAGUCCAUCAGCCAAUAGACAGAAGCGAAGAUCAUCUUCACCAUUGAAGCACGAAUAUGAGCCAUCAAGUGCGUCUGAUUCUUCUGCUGAAUCUGAUACAUCUACAGUUCGACACUAUGAUAUGGAAUACUCCGACUCAGAUACAUCUGACACUUCCGAUGAAGAGCUAGAGGAUGAGGAUGACUUACCUCCUGUACACCGCCAGCGCAAACCGCAACCGCCCGCUUCUUUGCCUGCUCUAGACGGUGACACCUUGUCGCCGUCCAACUCGGCAUCGCAAGGCCCCUAUCGAUCCGUUCCUUCUCAACCUACAAAAGCUUCCAAGGCUAUCGCGACAAUGUUCUUCUGGUCCGAUAAAGGAAAUUGGGAGAGUCUAUAUCCUGACGAAUGUGAACUGGUGAUAACUCCCGGACUUAUUGAAGCAUACAAGAUGAACGGCACUGGCGAUCAUCAAGACGAUCAGCCACGCAAAGAUCGCCCUUUAGUCGCCCUCGAACUGACGCCACUAGUUCCAAUUAGACGUGGCACGGCAAUCGAUAUUAGUAUUCGAUCACCGCCAACAGAAAGAUCCAGAAUCAAGACUAGCAACAAUAUUAUGUUCCGCUCACAGAACGUUGAUGAGUGUGAUACCCUUUACGGCUUCAUCAAUCAUUCUCGUAUCAACAAUCCAACAUACAUUGCUUUGCAAAACGCCCGUGGCCCUUAUCAGCCUGCAUCCCUAUCGCGAUACAAUCCGACUGGAUCAAGCAAAGGAACCAGCUGGUUUGGUUUCCCUCGAAGAAAGAAUAGUUAUCGAGCCGCAAAGCAUGCACCUUCCGUGGGAAUGGUAUCCGAAAGCAGUGUUGGAUCCAUGAGCAGCGCAUUUUCCGCCCUGAAAAGGUUUGGAACCGGAAGCAAGUUUUUCAGUAUUGCACGAUCGACCGUUACCUCACGCACAGGAAGUCGUGAUGGAAGUACAGUAUUUUCUGGUGCUGGUGGUGGUUCUGGACUCGCAGCACUUGCGACGGCCAUUAAGGGAGCAGAUGGAAUCGGUCUGUCGAACGCGAAGAUUAGACUAUAUGUGCGGGAAAGUACGACACGAUGGCGCGACAUGGGUGCAGCCCGAUUAACAAUCAUGCCCGUGACGCCCCGAUCAUCCCGACCUGGAACAGCCAAUAGUACGAAAAUAGCCGCGGAAGUAAACGAAGCAGAUUUUAAUAGCAAUGAACCGCAUCCAGAAAGAGACUUUGACGACUUCGCCGAUGAGAAUCGACCAGACGGCGCCACGACUCCAACCCCGGGUGCAUCGCCCCGAAGAGUAACAAUGUCACAAGAAAAGCGAAUACUCAUCCAAGGUAAAACCGCAGGCGAAGUCUUACUGGAUGUGUGCCUUGGCGAAAGCUCCUUUGAAAGAGUCGCUCGAACUGGUAUUGCCAUCUCCGUAUGGGAAAAUCAUUCCGGAGGAUCCAUACAGCAAAAGGGCGGAGUCACUGGAGGCGCCUUCAGAAUCUACAUGAUCCAAAUGAAGACCGAAGCUGAGGCUGCAUAUACAUUUGGACUGGUCGGGAAGCUGCGCUACUGA